AUCUUCGGUAAGCUUCGGAUUUUGUCGUCGAUGAAAACGAAAUUGUAAACAGAAAAUUAUUUUGAGUAUAUUUCAGUAACCUCAGCCGAGCCAUGAAAUGGAAAAACAAAUGGUAGAUGCAGAUCUGGAGAAAAAUUCUGGCUGUUGCAAUGUUAAUUAUGAGUGUAAUGUAUGUGGGAAACAGCUCAGUAGAAAACAGCGAUUGCAGUCACACUUAUCAACAGUACAUGGAAUAAAUGAUGAAAAUACAGGACGCUAUAAGAAGUAUGUAGCUGAUCCCAAUUACCCAAUACCAAAGCGGACAUUGAUAAGAAUGAAAAAGGUGAAAGAACUUAAAAACACAGAAUCAGCAUGCUUUUCAAAUGAUUCACCACAAUUAGUAUCCACAGUAAUUCAAGAGGCAGGUACUAGUACUUCAGACGAAUAUGAUCAACUGUUAAACCAUCAAUAUCUUGACUGUGGCAGUUCUAGUGAUUCUAGUGAUUCUAGUAAUGUCUAAACUACUCCAAAGUAUUCCAAAAUCAUACAACAGGGAUAUUUCUUAUGUCCUAACUUUUCCAAAGACUUUGGAAUUCAACAUUGAAACAAGUAGUCAUUUCCUAAGUAAUCCAAUGUUUUCAGAUUUUGAAUACAUAGCAAUUCUUUGGAAUAUCUAUUUCAAAGAUUUCCAUACUUUUCUAAUAAAAUAAUACAUAGAAAUCUUAGGAAUACCUUUGAAUAUUCUAUGCAAUGUAUUCUAAUCUAAUCCAAUAUGGAAAAGUUUGGAAUUAAUAGGAAUUCAUAGGAAAUCAAUGGAAGAAAAACAACAUUGAAAUAAUUUUUGCAGGGGAGGCAUCGUAAAACAAAAUUUUCAAAUUUGUAUUUUACGGCAAAAUUUACCAUUGUUGACAGAGUUGACUGGUAUUUAUUUGACAUGUACAAAAUAGAGUUAAGGUUGGUCAAUAUCUUUUAGUAAAUUCUUUGCAUCACGGGAUACUUGUUAUCUAUCAGGUCAUUAAUAUUUUUAACUUUUUGAAAUGUUAUCUCGGACCGCAUGAUUUUUUUUCGGUCAGGACCGAGGACCGACGGACUUUCGCACAGACUGGACCCCUAUUGAUUUUGAGGUCACUAGGUCAAAGGUCAAGGUCACAGGGGCCUUGACUUCAAAAAGCUUGUCUGCCCAAUAACUUAAGAUUCCUUUGACCUACAGUCUUCAUAUUUGGCAUGGAGGUUAGUCAUGAUUAGUAGAUGACCCCUAUUGAUUUUGAGGUCACCAGGUUAAAGGUCAAGGUCACAGGGGCCUUGACUUCAAAAAGCUUGUCCGCCCAAUAACUUAAGAUUCCUUUGACCUACAGUCGUCAUAUUUGGCAUGGAGGUUAGUCAUGAUUAUUAGAUGACCCCUAUUGAUUUUGAGGUCACCAGGUCAAAGGUCAAGGUCACAGGGGCCUUGACUUCAAAAAGAUUGUCCGCCCAAUAACUUAAGAUUCCUAUGACCCAUCGUCUUCAUAUUUGGCAUGGAGGUUAGUCAUGAUUGGUAGAUGACCCCUAUUGAUUUUGAGGUCAUCAGGUCAAAGGUCAAGGUCACAGGGGCCUUGACUUCAAAAAGCUUGUCCGCCCAAUAACUUAAGAUUCCUAUGACCCAUAGUCUUCAUAUUUGGCAUGGAGGUUAGAAAUGAUUAGUAAAUGACCCUUAUUGAUUUUGAGGUCACCAGGUCAAAGGUCAAGGUCACAGGGGCCUUGACUUCAACAAGCUUGUCCGCCCAAUAACUUAAGAUUCCUUUGACCCAUAGUCUUCAUAUUUGGCAUUGAGGUUAGUCAUGAUUAGUAGAUGACCCCUAUUGACUUUGAGGUCACCAGGUCAAAGGUCACAGGGGCCUUGACUUCAAAAAGCUUGUCCGCCAAAUAACUUAAGAUUCCUUUGACCCACAGUCUUCAUAUUUGGCAUGGAGGUUAGUCAUGAUUAGUAGAUGACCCCUAUUGAAUUUGAGGUCAAAGGUCAAGGUCACAGGGGCCUUGACUUCAAAAAGCUUGUCCGCCCUAUAACUUAAGAUUCCUUUGACCCACAGUCUUCAUGUUUGGCAUGGAGGUUAGUCAUGAUUAGUAGAUGACCCCUCUUGAUUUUGAGGUUACUGGAUCAAAGGUCAAGGUCACAGGGACUUUGACUUCAAAAAGUUUGUCUGCCCAAUAACUUUACAUUCCUUUGACCAACAGUCUUCAUAUUUGGCAUGGAUGUUGAUCAUGAUAAGUAGAUGACCCCUUGUGAUUUUGAGGUCACUGGAUCAAAGGUCAAGGUCAUAGGAACUUUGACUUCAAAAAGUUUGUCCACCCAUUUACUUAAGAUUCCUUUGACCCACAGUCUUCAUAUUUGGCAUGGAUGUUGAUCAUGACUAUAAGGUGACCCCUAUUUACUUUAAGGUCACUGGGUCAAAGGUCAAGGUCACAGGGACCUUGACAAUAAAAAGCUUUUCUUCUCAAUUGCUAAAGAAUGUCCUGUCCGCAAUGUAUUGAUUUUGACAUUUUCACAUUUGAAUCAUGUAGUAUACAUAACUUAGCAAUGCACUGGCUUAGUAACCUCAGAUUUGGCAGGGAGGUUGUCCUUGAGCUCUAAAUGGCCACUGUUGAUUCUGACAAAAUGGUAUGCGGGGGUAUUCACGCCACGAUAGUGGCAGUUCUAGUUUGAUAAGCCCCUUUUAGGGGCCGCUAAAAUUAAAAAUAGAAAUAAUUUUAAACAUCUUCUCCUACAGAACUAAUUGAUGGAUGAUCACCAAACUUUGUUUGUAGCAUUUUGGGGUAAUCUUUAAUCAAGUUUGCUCACAUUAAUUUGAUUGGCCCCUUUUCGGGGCCACUCAAGCUAAAAAUA